CGACACGCGGACGGGCGAGGUUCCGUCGACUGAGGCGGUGAUGCGAGCGGACGGGGCGACCGAGUCGCGUCAUCCGCCGCCGUCUUCAUUGACCUUCACUGAGCUCCACACGGCGCUUGGCGAGGCGCAUGUGGCGGAGAUUAAGCGGCUGACCGCGCUUGUGGAGGAGGCGGCGCAGAAGAACCGGAAGCUGAUUGCCCUGGGCAGUAAGUCAUGCCCACUCGCCGUCCUCAUUCAGUGUCACUGGCCCGGGCGUUCGUUCUCACCGUUUCCUUUUCUUGUAGCAGAGGCGCAGGCAAAGGCUCUUGCCGAGGCUCGGGAAGGGUUCGUCAAGGAGUCCUUCUACCGUGAAGCCGAGUUCCGGGCGCAGCAGGCCGAAGAGGCCCGGAAAAGGGCGAAAGCGGAGGUGGCGGAAUUGACGAAGGUCCUGGAGCAGAAGGGCCGGGAGCUGGAGGACGUCAUCACCGAAUACAAGGUGAAGCUGGAGGCCGCGACUGAUGCGCGGGACUCUGCACGUGGGGCUGCCGCGUCUCUGCGGGAGGAGGUGGCGGCCUUGAAGCAGCAGCACGCCAAAGAACUUGCUGCGGAGAAGGAGGCGUCCGAGGGCAUCGUCCUGGCGGUGCAGGCCGAGAAGACCAACUUCGAGGCUUUCGUCAGGGAGAUGUCGCGGCAGAUUCUUGGUAAGUUCUUGUUGUCGCACUUCUUGUUUUAUUUGCCGGGGGUUUGAGUAUCUGAACACGGCGAGUCGGCCUCGGG